ACACAGACUUCACACUGAUAGGGAUCAUCAUCAUCAUAUAUAUAUAUAUAUAUAUAUAUAAACAACCAAAAUUAGGGUUUGAACUUUCCUUGGUUGCCAAUUUUGGUUUUGGUUCAGAUCAGAUCAUGAGCAGAGGUGGAAGCUAUGGCGGUGGAAGAAGCUCGUUGGGGUAUCUUUUUGGAAACGACGAUGAACCCAGAAAGCCUCAAGUCUCAAAAGUGGUUCUUCCUCCUCCUUAUGGAAUUGAUAUCAACCCUGAUGACCAAAACAACCCUUCCCCCUCUCCAAAACAAGCUGCCUCCAACAAUUAUCCCCGAGCUCAUGGCCAAAACUCGGGCAACUUCAUCACGGAUCGCCCAUCAACCAAGGUCAAAUCUGUUCCUGGUGGUGAUUCAUCGCUAGGGUAUCUGUUUGGAGAUAAGUGAAGUGAAGUGAAUGAUUUAUGUGUUCCAUCAGUAGCUGACCAUAUUGGAACUCUAAAGGGUAUGUAUGCUUUGCUUUAGUGUGCGGAUUUGUAAUAAAUUGUGUGCAAUUAUUAUGUAUCUCAACCAACACUUAGCCUGAAUUAUAUUUGUGUACCUUGUUGCUUCUACCAAAUAUGUUAUGUAUUCAAUAGCAUCGUGCCGACUUGUGGUUUGAUUAUGUUUGUGGUUAAGUAUAAGAAAUUCCACUUUUCCUUUAA